CGGUCGUGAUCAAACUCCAGUUGCACUGCAAGUUGUCGACCCAGCCGCUCCCAAUUCCCAGCGCUUGCUCGAACUGACUCGGUUGUUAUGCCGCAAGAGCUCAACAGUGGCCCUGAAGUAAUGUAGUUGACUAAAUCGGUUGCGGAGGAAGUAUGGCAUACAGCCGAGGAGGGGGCCGACGUUGGAGAAGCUGAUGCUACACGAACUAGGCGUGGCGCAGUUCGGCUUCGUGCAUGAUUGAAGUUAAGUCUUUGUUUUAAUAAAAUACCCAUUUUCCCCAAAGCUGUUAGAGUUUUCUAGGAGUCGACCAGAACUUUUGCACGCCGUGGCCUCGCAAUUCCUAUGCAAAAGAUCCAGUUGUAGCACAAGAACAGGCCGUCAACAAUACGAUGGAACUAGUGGAAGUGAUCUCCAUCUAAAGGGCAACUUCGUACAGUUUACGGCAGAACCAGUUUCGUGGGUUGAAGCAAGCAGGAAUGCGUGCAUCGUAUUAAUAAUUGGCGCAAAAUUGGAGAUUUCAAGCAUGUUGUUUUAACAGCAAGUAUCGCGGCUAUAGCACUUGAUAAGGUACAAUUUAGAAUUCCGAAACAGUUCCGAUCGUCGCGGCGGGACGUCGUAAGAAGCGCUAGGACAUCAAAGGUAUCAUGGAGGGCUUUCCGAAGCGCCACAUCCUUGUCGCGGUCGACGACUCGGAGGCGAGCCUGAGGGCGCUUGACUGGGCCCUUGAAAACCUUAUGCGACCGGGCGACGAGUUCCAUCUUUUCCACGUCAUUCCUCCGGGCCAGUACGUCGUUCUUUCUACGGACCUGGGAAUGGAGGAGGUUAUUGAGGAUGACGAGGCCACAAAGAAGCGCGUCGAGGACAACGCGCGUAAGACUUUGACGGAAAAGUUCGUACCCAAGCUGGCUGCUAAAGAGGUCCCAUACCAGUUGGAGCUGGUUCGCUUCGCCACCGACAACGAGUCCAUCGGUGCUGUCAUCUGCCGGCGGGCUGACCAGCUGCAGGCAUCGUGUGUCGUAAUGGCCAAGCACAACAGGGGGGCUAUUAAGGCCGCAAGUUACACCGAGGUCCGCGGCAUGCGGGGCGGGAACGCAGUUGCACCUGGAUUUGGGUCAGUUGCCACGUGCCUCACAUGUGGCAUGCUCUAUGGCAAGGGCCUGCCAGAGGAGGAGCGACUGCACGACCAGUUCCACAACGCACAUGCGAAUGCUUUCAAAUUCUCGGGCUGGGUUUCGGAGCGUGUCGUCUUGCGCGACGGCACAGGAUCUUGCGGCGGCCGCUUGCUGUGUGUCCUUCCAAAUGACCCGAAACCCCAGCUGCGGAAGGUCGUUGAGAUUUCCGGUCGGCUGGAGUCGGUCCUAGGAGUUCCACAGGGCUAUCUCCUCGCUUCAAAGCCGCCGUACAAGGUCUUCAUGUGGGCAUCUGGAAGCGGUGGUGGUGCUGGUGGUGGUGCUGGGAGCAGCGGCGGCAGCGGCGGGCGGGGCCGCAUCGUCGGCGUGCUGGUUGCGCAGCUGCAGCAGCGAGCCAGCUCCGCGCCGGGCACUUCCACCGGACGGAAAGCACGGGCAUCGGAGCGGUGUGGCGCAGCAGCAGUGGUCGAGACGGAGGUGAAGCGCCCGCGUCUUGGAGGAGGAGCUGUAACUCGCGUGUCGACGGUGGGAGAGGUCCCCGACAGCUGCGGCGGCGCUGGGCGGACUGUCGGCAGGCCGAUCGCGGAGGCUGUUCCCGCCACCACUACCGCUACAGCAGUUCCGGCUGAUGGCCUUGCGCCUGCAACACCAUGCUAUACUGUCAGCGGUGCAGCUGGCGGCGGCGGCGGCGGCGGUUGCAGCUCUGGCGACGGGUAUGCGAAGGCGGCUGCUAAGGGAGCUCAGGCCUCGCCUGCUGCAAGCUCGCAGGCGGCUGUAGCAGCGCAUGAAGUGACGCGAACGUGCGCCUCCGCUGCAGAGGCGGCGGCGGUGGCGGCGGUGGUGGCGCUACCGCACCAUCGAGCUUGUGUCGGUGAUGGUGGCAGUGGUGGCGAGGCGAGGGUCGGCGAGUUGGCUCGGGUGGUUAUCGGCGUGCGGGGCUUGUGGGUGGAGCCGGGUUGGCGACGGAGGGGAGUGGCGCGGCGACUGCUGGAUGCUGCCCGGUGCUGUAUGGUGCCUGGAGUCGCGGCGGAUCGAACCGGGGUCUCGUUCAGCGCCUGCGCUGUGGCCGCUGUGUCGGGCGACAACGAUGGCGGCGGUGCCUUUGCGGCCUUCGCAGCGGCGUACCUUGGCAGUGGCGGCAGCGCAUGCUUAGCGAGCCAAGACGCGGACCCUCUUGAGGCGCAUCCAGUGCGCCGUGCUUUCCUCAGUGUCGGAGUGACCGCUAAUGACUUGAGUCGUGCGAGUCGACUGGAGCCCUCGCUUCUCAAUUACACUACGGAUCGGCUACAUGCAAUUAUUGAUUUGCUCCUCAACCUUGGGCUGACCGGCAGCGACAUCGGCAAAGUGCUAAUAGCUUUUCCCCAGGCUUUCCAGCUGUCUCUCGAUCACCACGCCCAGCCGGUGAUCGAGUUCCUGCUGGGCGAUAUGGGUCUCAGUCCUGCGCAGGUCCGCACGCUGGUCACCCGCUUCCCUGCUAUUCUGGGCAUGAACGUCAAGGGCCAACUGCGGCCGCAACUGGCCUUCCUAACCAGCUUGGGCUUCUCUUCCGAGUCGCUGCCGGAGCUGGUGCUGUCAAGGCCGCUGGUGCUGGGUCCCGGCAUCGAGACCGUCAUCUCCUUCCUGCGCCGCUGCGGGGUGCCCAGGUCUCAGAUGCACCGGCUGCUGAGGUCCUAUCCGCUGGACUACAAGGUGCGGUUGACAGGGUUGUCCGCGGCCUCGUCCAACUGGGGCUCCGGCUCCUCCUCCUCGGGCGGCUCCUCCUCCUCGGGCGGUGGCUCCCCACCGGGCCUCACGAUACACUACUGCGUAAUGGCUGGAGCUCUCUUUGGCUGCGCUGUCCGAGGCCUCCCUGGCUGGUACCAAGCCGUGAUGGCGGUGCUGUUGGCUGUCUCGCUGGUUCUGCUUUGGCUCACGCAUUUGAUGGACCCCGGGAUCAUUCCGCCCCGUAGCGAGAAAGACCCGCUCAUCGAGGCGCUGGAGAGCGGCCGCGACGACGAGGUGCCACACAAGGAAAGGUACACGAAGACACUCCAGGGCACCUGGGUUCGAACCCUAACGGUUGCAGAGUGGGCGGAGGAGCAGAGACAAAACCCAUCGCGCCACCCAAGCCUAGGCAGCAGGCAUCGAAUGAAAAGACAGGCGGCGGGAGGGUCCACUGGAGCGGAGGCUCGGGUGGAGGUCGCGUGGACGCAGAAGUCACCGCCGAUGGAGGGGCAGGAGGCCCAGGAGCCAUUGACGCAACGCCCGUCGCUGCCGCCGCCGCCACCAGCGCAGCAACAGCAACAGCUGCCCGGCGCUGGAUGCGACAAUGGUGACAGCAGCAUCAUGGAGCAAGGGCGCGCGGCUUUGACGCGAGGUCCAGUGGGUGAUUCCGUCUCACCUGGGUUGCGGAACGCAGCAGCCAUGCAUGUGGGCCGAGUGGCAGCGGCGCCGCCAGGCAACGGUAAUGGCGGCGUCGGAGCAGUCGCCAGCACGGCCGCCUCCAGCAGCCGGCCGCCGCUCUCCCGCGCAGCAGCGGCGUCCAUGGUCAUUCACAAGUACUGCGUCACUUGCAACAUUUGGCGACCGGAGCGUGCGCACCACUGCCGAGUGUGCGGGUACUGCAUGGACCACUUCGACCACCACUGCGGCACCAUGGGCAACUGCAUUGCCCGCCUGAACCACCGGUUCUUCGCGAGCUUCAUGGUGCUGGCACAGCUGCUUAAAACGCAACUCGAACCAUCGCUGCUGGACCUCCGGAAGAAGUGCGAAUCGUACAACGAAUACACCUCACUCCAGUCGGCGCGAGACCGCUUGCUGAGGUUUUGCCUUGCAUACGAUCACGUGUCUUGCACGCGCACUAUCGCGACGGGUGACGAUGAGAUCGCGGCUAUGGAGGAGGCGAUGGCGGCAAAGGGGAAGGAGCAGGACGAGCGCCAGCAGGACUAUAAUGACCUGGUAGCGCAGGCCCGCGACCUCGCUACCGAGAAGGAGAUUAAAAUGGGCGGGGAAAUGCGCGAGCUGAAGAAGACCGUGGACGGACUGCAGCUCAAAUUGUCGGGAAGCACCACUGCUCUCAAGCAUAAGAAGGAUGCGCUCAAGGCAGAUCAAGCGGCCCUGAAGCAGCUGCAGGCGCAGGCGGCAGAGCUCACAGCCCAGGACUUGGACGGUGCGGUUGCAGCUGCGGAGAAGCGCCGGGAUGAGGCCAGAGCCAACCUGGAGGCCGCCGAAAAGGCGGUAGAAGCGGCGACACGGGAGUUGGCGGGUGCCGAGGCGGGCGACGGUCGCGAUGAGUCCAACCGCUCGCUUCAGGAGCGUUUGGCUGACGCGCAGGUGCAGCAGACAGCGGCCGAAGCGGAGGCGACGGAGGCGGACCUGGCAGUGAAGCAUCUCACCAAGCAGCUUUCGGAACAGCGCAAGGCAGCAGCCGCCAGGGAAAAGGAGGGCGCCGGCCUAGCCAAAGAGCUGGAGCGGCACAAGGCGAAGGUUGACGAGUGCAAUGCGCGGCUCCAGGGCUUGUCAUUUGACGAGGCUGCCAUGAAGGCACUGGAGGCGCGCCGGGAUGCGUCCCGCGGGGCUGUCCAGCGCAACCGGGACUUGGUCAAAGGGCUGGAAGGUGAUGUGUCAGGCAUUCGGUUCGACUACACGCCGCCAAGCCGCAGCUUCGAUGCACGCAAGGUGCAUGGGCCCGUGGCCACGCUGGUGCGCGUCAAGGACCCCGCCGCCGCGCUGGCGCUUGAGGUCGCGGCUGGCGGAAAGCUCCACCAGGUGGCUUACCCGCACAUGCCACCGGCCGUUCUUGAGGCCGCUCAGCGCCUCGGCGGCGGCAAGGCGCGACCUGCCGUGGACUUCCUCCAGUACGACCAGCGCGUGGCACCGGCCGUACACUACGCGUUUGGCAAUGUUUUCAUCUGCCAGGACGGCGGCACAGCUAAGCGUUUAGCCUUCAGCCGUGAGGUCAACAUGCGUUGUGUGUCGUUGGAGGGUGACGACUUCAAUCCCGCAGGCACGCUAACGGGCGGCAGCCGCGGCAACCGGCUCUGCCUGCUGGCCAAGCUGGAGGAGCUGCGCGCAGCACAGGCCGAUCUGGCGCAGCAAAUGGCAGAGCUGGCAGAGGUCGAUCGGCAGCUAGGGGCGAUGGAGGCCGCUGCACGCGAUUAUGCAAAAUACACCAGAGAGCUUGAAUUAGCGCAGCACAGCCUGAGCCUGGCACAGCAACGCGUGGCCGGUAGCGAGGCGGCGCAGCUGGUGGCGGCGGCGGACGCCACGGAGGCGCAGUUAGCGGCAGCGAGGGAGGCCGGUGCGGCGGCCGAAAAGCGCAAGAAAGAAUUGGUCGAGAAAGCCAAGGCCUUGGAGCAUGAGAUUCGCAACUUCGACAAGGACAGGGGGACUCGCAUCAAGGCUGCACAGGAUAAGCUCAAGAAGGCGAAGUCCGCUGCCGAGGCAGCCCGGAAAGCCUUACGUGCGGCUGAAGUUGCGUUGGCAGGAGCACAGGCGGAGAGGGAGGCAGCCGGUGGCGAAGCGGAGUCGCUGAAAAAGCAAAUCGAAGCAGCGCAGCAGUCAAUCACUGGUGCCGAGGCGGAGGUGGAGAAGCUCUCGCAGGAGGUAGCUGCCGCCAACGAGGCCGCCACGGCAGCCGCCAGCCGGCUUGCGGGCAUGCAGGCCCGCCUGUCCGAGUGUGAUGGCGAAAUCAAGGCCCUCGAAACAAGCCGGGACGCGAUGGCUAAGAAGAUGGCCGAGUGCGACCAGGAGAUGAAAAAGCUCGAUGCAAAGAUCAAGAUGAAGCAGGACACGAUAGCCAAGUCGAAAGACUGGAUCGCGCGCAUGGAGGCAGAGUACCCCUGGAUCGCUACGGCGAAGCGGCACUUCGGGACGGGUGACUACAAGUUUGAUGGUGUGGACAUCGGGGCGACGCGCAAGGAGUUCGAGCAGCUGAGGGAGCGCUGUGAGGCCCUGCAGGGCAAGGUCCAGGCAUCGGUGGUAUCUAAGCUUCAGAAGAACGAGGAGGACUACGAGGCCCUUGUCAGCAAGCGCCAAGUGGUGGAGAGUGAUAAGACGAAGCUGGAGCAGGUCAUAGAGGAGCUGGACGGGCAGAGUCGCACAGCCCUACAAGACGUUUGGACGCGCGUAAACACCUGGUUUGGCCAAAUCUUUUCUACACUGUUACCUGGGACCUCUGCCAAGCUGGAGCCGCCGGAAGGGGGCACCUACCUAGACGGACUGGAGGUGCGUGUUGCAUUCGGCAGCGUUUGGAAGGAGUCGCUGACAGAGCUGUCCGGGGGCCAACGGUCGCUGCUGGCGUUAUCACUCAUCCUGGCUCUAUGCAGGUUUAAGCCGGCGCCGAUCUACAUCCUGGACGAGGUGGACGCUGCACUAGACCUCAACCAUACGCAGAACAUUGGCCGCAUGAUCCGGGAGAACUUCCCUGAGAGCCAGUUUAUCGUGGUAUCGCUCAAGGAAGGCAUGUUUUCCAACGCAAACGUGCUCUUCCGCACCAAAUUCGUGGAGGGUGUCUCAACGGUUACCCGCACUAUCACGGAUACAGGCCGCCAGGCUGCAGCUGGAGCCGGUGCCAAAGCUGGCACGGCACAGGGCAGGGCACGGACGGGGGCUUCCACGCUGCAAAACAGCAACCGCUGAGGGGUGGGGUUAUUGAUAACACUGUGCAACCUUGUGGAGGCAGGUAGCGUGUAGUCUUGCAGCUCGUCAGGACUGGAUAACGGAUGCAUCGGGUGGCACAUGGACGGUUUAGCUGGCCCUGGAAUAUCUCCCGAUAAACUGUGCUAGGCACCCGCUAUGGACAUGCUACGCAACUCAUGCGAUUUUGCGAAUUUGCAUAGCAACGAGUGCUCGAUGGAGGAUUUGAGA